AUGCCACCAGAGAUGGUGUACGACGAUGGUGAAAACCCUUUUAUUGACGAUGCUAGGUCUGAAAUAUCAUCGGAUUAUGGAAUCGCAAUGGAGGACGAUAUCACCUCGUUAAUUGCAACACUUCCGCCUGAAGAUGAAGACAAUCCGCCAGUAUCCUCUGGGUCCCGCCAGGAAGUACCGUCGACACCGACCCCAAUUUCCAUCGGCAAGAGGCGAGCUCUCGACUUCGAUGACUCCCCGCGUCCCCUCAAGCUCAAUCGCGCUUCUGCCCUCAAGCCUGACCUCCAAGACGAUGAGCCAGGGAUGAAGAACUUGUCCCCGCACGAUAUGGAGAUCAUGGCCAAGAUCUAUGAGAAGGAGCACAAAGCUCGGAGCCCCUGGAAAGAACUCGACGCUGAGGCAGUUGCUCUUAAGAACGACAAACCCUACGCCUUGAUGGGUUUCGACCGUGACGGCACCCGAAACUCCUGGCACGGGGGCAAGGUCAUUUUCCGCGCUUCAUUGCACGAAUAUCAAGGACAUUGCCGACUGAAGCUCGAUCGACCUGAGCUUGGCCCGUCAACCAAUGUCACGCGUCGAUUUGGGAGCCACAGCAUUUUACGCGUGAAGCUUCCCAAAACGCCAAGUUCUAACGCCCUGGCUUUUGUCAGACGUCCGCUACUGGUCUGCGGUGGCGUGUACAGGGCGUUCUACGCUAAAGAAUCUACGGUGUUUUAUUUCAGGACGAACGAGGCCCUCUGCAGGAGCGGAAUUCACCCUUCGAAAACGAUGCCAGGACUGUCCUUUCUGGACUUCAUGCGGUGGGCCAACCCACCGGAAACAAACGGACAUCAGGGAAUGUGCAAGUGGGCAUCACGCUUCGCUUUGAUUUUGUCGAGCACAGAACCUGGCUAUCUUCUGGAAAGAGAAAAUGUGUGUUUUGAAGAUGAUAUCAUCCACCCCGACACUAAAUCCAAUAUGACGGACGGAGCUGGGAGCAUCGGUCGUCACAUCAUGUCGCAGCUCGUCCGAUACUUCGAUUGGGAUGAACGCCCGAGCGCGAUCCAAGUUCGGGUAUUCGGAAGUAAAGGCGUCUUGGUUGACGACAAGGUUGACCGGGAAGACAUGAAGAAGAUAUACCUCACUCCUUCUCAGAGAAAGGUCAUUUACCCCGAAUCCGACAUGGAUCCGGCUCAUCUAGUCAUCGACAUAGUGAGGAACUCACGCAUCAAGACCUCGAAGAAACUAGCCGUAGAAGUCAUCAUUAAUCUCGCAGAGAACGGGGUGCCCCCUCGCGUAUUCACUGACCUGUUGCACGACAUGUUACUGGAGCAGGUAGAUGCCGCACUGACGUGGAACGGCCCAGAUGCCAUGAUACGCCUUGCAGCGUUUGUGGAGAAGAUUGGAGGGCUUAGAUCUGCUCGGCUUGCUCGAGAAAACCCGGGGAGGGCUCGAGUGAAUGGAUACUCUGAAGCUGACGUCGAUGACAACGAAAUGUUUGAAGACGACGAUAAUAUGAGCGAAUCAAGUGUCCUGACUCAUCAAUCGACUGCUUGGUGGCCCGACCCUGUCAGCGGAUCACCUUCGUCGCUCGAGGAGACUGUUCUUGCCCUCUUGCAGUCGGGGUUCCACCCCGGGUUUUGCCCUGUUCUGGCCGAGAAACUGAAGGCGGUUAUCAGGACUCGCGUUUCUCGCCUAACGCACAGCUAUCGUAUCGAGGUCCCAAUGUCAUGCAUGGCCAUGAUUGUUCCAGACAAGAGGGGGAUCUUGAAGGAAGGGGAGAUUUUCUUCCGCUCCUCGCACCGUGACCUCCUUGACCGAGAUGGAGAGAAAACUGAUAUAAUUACCGGGGACGUCCUCAUUACACGAUACCCUUGCAAACUUCCGACAGAUAUCCAAAAGGCAAGCUGUAAAGCUGUGGAUCACCCAGGCCUCCAUGACCUAGUUGGGGUUAUCAUCCUGUCGACUAAGGGCACGCGGCGUGCGGCAGACUUUAUAGGAGGAGGGGACUAUGACGGAGACAAGGCCAUGAUCAUAUGGCACCCUCCAAUGGUGGAAGCCUUCACACCGAAAAACCAAUGCUUCGCCGAUCCCCCUGAACCUGGCUUCAAGGAGAAGUAUUUUGAUUCCGGGCACAAUGUUCCAGUCGCAGAGUUCUACCGAUGUAUUCAGCCUCUUUCCACUGCGGAACAAAUCUACAAAAUUCAAGACUAUUCCCUGGCCGCCUUGCAAGACACUGCAUCCGUAGGCAGGUACUCAAACUUCCAUGAAAAUGCGAUCCAGAUGCUUGGAUAUGACCACCCCGAAACAAUCCGACUCGCCCACAUGUUCUGCAUGGUGCUUGAUGGGUCCAAAACGGGGCUCAGAGUCAAAAAGUCCGUUGAAGAAGCUGAUCGAGCCCGUUUCAACUACGAGGCACGGCCCUGGAAGGCGCACAUGACGGAGAAUGACCGGAAAUCGCAGAACAAGCUCAAAGAUUACAAUCCCGUCCCCUUACCCAUUCGUCCUACUGCCUUCAUUAUGGACCAUCUUCUUGAUCAAGCGGUGCAAGCUAAGAGAAAUUUCACGGUGAAGAUCAAUGGCUUCUUUUCCAGUAACACGCAAAAAGGGGCAUGUCGCAGUGGCUGCGGUACUCAAUGCAUCAGGGACCAAGAUCUGUGCAGGCCCUACGAAGAAAUUGUCGCGAAAAGUGAAAAGCAAUACGGUGAAGGGUACAAAGCCGACCUCGAAAAAAUAAGAAGCCACGUUGAACGGAUAUUCGUCAAGCACGGGGAAAUCAUGAAGGCUAGCCUUCCGAAGAAAGCAACGAUCCCAUCAACCCCCUCUGCUGGUGCCAGUUUCACUGGUCUGCCGAUCGAAACGCGCCAAAACCACCUACGGGCGUUGGCACGGGAAUAUGCCCAAUCCCCCGACCCCAGCGAGAUGCAUAUGUCGUCGGACUCGGUGAGGCUCGUCAAGGCUUCGUAUGCGUACAUCUACGAUCACCAGAAGGACAUGGAUGAAGGCUGGUCCCGUUUUCCAUGGAAUAUCGCCUUUCGGGACCUCUGUUUGAUAAAGGCUUUAACGCACGGAAAUUUUGUUCCCAUUACUGAUGAUUUUCAAAAUACCAUGGUCAUCAAGUUACCGAAACACCCUGUAUAA